AUGCGUGUAGCAGUAAUAGGCGCAGGCCCUGGCGGGUUGGCGACUCUAAAGACGUUGCUCGAAGCCUCAACGCCUGAGCGGCCAAUUGAAGCUUUCUUAUUCGAAGCUGAGGAAAAGAUUGGAGGAACCUUCCAUUAUCGCGCAUACGAAAACGCUGAGCUUGUUUCUUCCAAGCAGCUGACGACAUUCUCGGACCACCGCUUCCCUCUUUCAGCACCAGAUCACAUAUCCCUUCCGCAGUACGUCGACUACCUGCAAUCCUAUGUGGAACGCUUCAGUCUUGAACCACUCCUCAAACUGGGAUGUCGAGUCACCAGCAUCGAACCACUCGCCAAGUCGCCAGGUCUAAAAUGGAAGCACCGAGUGAAGUAUGUAAAAAAGCAAGACGACGGCAAAGAACAGUUCUUUGACUGCUCGCAUGUCGCCAUCUGCACAGGGUUACAUGUCGAGCCUAACAAGCCUACUAUCCCUGGAAUUGAGAACGUCAAGGGCGAAGUUUUUCACUCAGCCCAAUACAAGAAGCGUGCGCAACUCACCGGUCGAGAUGUAUUGAUCAUGGGCUGCGGCGAGACGGCAAUGGAUGUCGCAUACGAGGCCAUCAAAGCAGACGCAAAGUCGGUAACAAUGUGCUUCAGGACAGGGUUUCUCUCAUUCCCCAAAGCCCUAUCACGAUUCCAAGUAUUCGGUAAACAAUUCAAGGGUGGGUUGCCCAUCGAUGGCCUGAUCACGAACCUGUUUGAGACUGCAUAUGUACAUCGCUCCAUAGCAGCCAGUCGCAUGCGCUGGUUCGUAUCUGACUUCGUCAUCAAGCGCGUGCUCUGGUUUUUGACAGGCACACAAGCUGGCAUGAACCAGCAUGUGGGAGCGCUGCCGCAUGAUCGACUUGGCAGAGCAUUCGUGUUUUUGAACAAGAGCAGCAAGGCGAUGCCGUAUCUCAACAGGCCGUACAAAGAAAAGCACCCCCUCGGCUUCCUUGGGAACGGCUAUGUAGACCCACCAGAAGAUGCGCAGUCAAAGAGGUGGGUCGACACAUGCACAUUCCCCGAGCGAAUCGACGAGACAGGACGAGUGAUCUUCCAAAAACGACCGGACCGAAAAGACUGGCGGCGUAUGCAGAAGAUCGAAGUGCGGCCAAACUGCGUUGUCUACUGCACUGGAUACAAGCAGUCCUUCUCCUACCUGCACGAAUCUUAUCCUACAGCUGGAGAUGCUACGAUCCGCAAUAUCGUCGCUCCAACCGAGCCUACCGUCUCAUUCAUUGGCUUCGUACGCCCGGGCGUCGGUGCCAUCCCGCCCAUCGCCGAGCAGCAAGCCAUGUGGUGGGUAGCCCUCAUCACAAACCGCAUGACUAUGCCCACGGACCCGCCCCACUACCAUCUCCUAUCCAAAGACACUGCGCGUAUCCAGUACGGCGUUGACCACAGCGCGUACAUGAGCACGCUGGCCAAAGACUUUGGCGGAGCACCGGGACUGUUAGAGCUAUGGAAAGCACAUGGGUUGAAGGUGCUGUUUGUGUACUGCUUUGGAGCGAGUUUCGUCACCUUCUACAGAUUGGUCGGCCCCUUCAAGAGCGAGGCUGCGCCGGGCAUUGCGAGAACGGAGUUGGCGGAGACCAUUACGAGGAGAGGGAUCUUGGGCAACUUGUUCUUCGGAGUCAUUCCAAUGAUGUUCUACGGCAUGAUCAACUUGACUGCCUUGGUAAUGGAGAUGGUCGGUCUGAUACCCAAGGAGAAGCCAGUUGUUUGA